AUGCUGCCUACAGCGAAUCCGGUCUUGCUCUGGACUUCUACAAGAGUCAUCAUGCGGAUCUUUGGAGCCUUGGUGAUCUUCUUGGCGUUCAGCUUCUUCACAGCAGCUUGCUACGCUGCGUAUCAAGCGCCAAAGUGGUCUGGCCAACCAAGGCUGGCCGCCAUUCGCUUCCUGAUCUUCCGCUUCCGACCCAAUGUGUGGUAUUUUGGCUUGGUCCUUUUGGCCCGUGGACCCUUGUUGUCCAUGCCAGGUGUGAUCGCGACCAACAUGCCCAGUUUGCAACUUACGCUGAUGCACAUGAUUCUGCUUGGAUCUCUUUGCCUUCAAUUGUGGUUCCUGCCUUGGAAAUCCCCAAUCCUCAACCUCGUGGAUGGACUCUCAGUGUCGCUCCUCGUGAUGCUUUUGGCAAGCUCACUUGGAUAUGCCGACAGCAGUGGUGAAGAUGCUUCACGUGUUCUGGCGACCUUCGGAACCGUCAUCUCCUCGCUGAUGGUGGUCAUCCUUGGAGGGAUGGUGCUGCUUGGCCUGUGCGCUCUCGUCUACCGCUCGGCGCUGGGCAGCUCGAAGGAACUGCGCAUCAUGAACCUGGGCAAGGUCCCAAAGGAGCAGGAUGUCUUUCAAAGUCUCCUGGACGUAGCGACCUUCCUCAAGGAAGAUGGACAAGGCAAGGAGGCUACCUUCAUCAAGGACUUGGGCAAUCUCUCAGUGUAUGACGUUGGCACCAUUACCCGCGCGAUCAACAUUUUGGCUGAUGACUUGAACAUGGUCGUCAGCCAGAACGGCAGCAUCCGCAAGAGCUCCUCCCGCCGCAUCGCCACCGGACAACGCUCUGUCAGGAGUGCAAGUAGCUUUAACUCUGCGAGUGAGAAGGUGCCAGAGAAAGCGGAGGACGCAGGCCCGCGCGCCGCAGACGCCGCAGACUCGGCUCAUGAGUUGAAGAACGAGGCCACCCUUUCUGCAGAUGUCUGA